AUGAAUUCAUGUAUUAAAACAAUAGGAAGUACUAAAUUACUUUAAAUAAUGCUCAUUGCUGAUAGCUUAGUUAUUCACAUACAAUCCUAUUUAAUUCCAAACUAUAAUUAUUUGAUUCUAGCCUUAUCAUUAACAUGCUUUCAUGCAAUCAUUUUAACAUCUGAACAUUUUUUAUAUGGCAAAAAUAAAUUAAUAAAUAUACUUUUUAAUACAUUUAAAGGAGUAGCUCAGAUAAUUGUUCACUAUUUACUGGAGUAAAAUUGCUUAAUAUAUACUGGAAUAUAAUUAAUUUGCAUACUCAAAUAAGAUAUUUAACAUAUUAAAUUAGUUUCAUCCAUAUUUUUUAUAACUUAAUUAUUUUGCGUAGUAUUUAGUAAAAAAGAUUUUGUAAUUGUAGGAGUGAUAAGAACAGUAUUUAAUUAUUUUUUGAUAAAUUAAAUUUUUAGAUUUGAAAGUUAAAAUAAAUUAAUUUAGCUCGAAAACAUUCUGAAACAUAUUUAACAUGAUGAAUUUUGUUUAUUGGAUAAUAAUUUCAACCCAAUUUUUCAAUAAUAAUUUUUCAAUUAAUUAAAAUAAGAACAAGUAAUGGGUGUAUAAGAUUUGUAUAAUUAGACAAGAAUUAUUACUCCAAGGGAUAAUACCAUCAAUUUAAUUAGAGAAAUUGCUUCUAAUUAUGAAGAAGAAGUUAAAUAAACCAUACCUCUAUAAGAAAUUCUUUUCCUCCUUAAAAAAAGUAAGAUUUCUUUAACUAAAAGACUUUGUUAUUAGAUGAAUAAUUAACAUAACUAUAAUAUCUCAAUAGAGAACAUAAUUUUGGAUGAUUAUAACUCUAUUAUAAUGAUAUCAAAAAGAAAAAAAAUUGAGACUAAUUAAUCAAGCAACUAAAUUAAUUUUAUGAUUAAGACUGUUAGAAAGGUAUCACAUGAUAUGAGAAAUCCAUUGAAUGCAAUAAUUAAUAUGUAGAUGUGUUUAAAAGAUUGUAUUGAUGAAAACUUAGUUUUAAAAUAUCUUAAACCAUCUUUAAAUUCCUGUCAUUUAUUACUAAAUUUAAUAAAUGAUAUUUUAGAUUCAGCUUAAUUUGAAAAUAAAAAAUUAAAAUUAGUUUACAGAAAGUUUAAUCUUGAAAAGCUAAUAAAAAAAACAAUUUCAAUAUUUGAUUCGUUAAAGGAUAAGAAAGAUAUCAUGAUUACAUUUAAUUAUGAUUAAAAAUUACCAGUCUAGGUAAGCUCUGAUAAAUUUCGAAUAAGAUAAAUAAUAAUGAAUUUGCUAAGUAAUGCUAUUAAAUAUACAAAACCAAAUGGAAAGGUUUUUAUUGAUUGUUUCGAAAGUGAUGAGAGAAAAAAUUUCAUAAAAAUAUGUAUAUAAGACACAGGUUAUGGAAUAAAACCUGAGAAUUUAUAAUAUCUAUUCUAAGAAUAUUCUAAAGUAGAAGAUGAUGAAAAUUAGAAUGUGAAUCCUUUUGGAAUAGGAUUAGGAUUAAUGAUAAGUAAUGAAUUAGCUAAAUUAUUAUCUAACAAUGGCAUUCAAGUAUAAUCUUAAUUGGGAAUAGGCUCAAAAUUUUAUUUUGAAAUAGAAAAUAAAUAACCUUCAGCUGAAGAUAUUUCAGAAUCAUAAUUGUCGAUUAAUCAUUAAGAUGGAUUGCCAACUUUUGAUGUUCAUUUCUUUCCAGGAAUUAAUUCUUAAAAAUCUCCUGCAAUUUCAAUAACACUUCCACAAAUAGAGAGCAGUAGAAAGAUUAUUUUAAGAAAGUCUUAAAAAACAAUUAAUAUAAUGACUAAUUCUGUAAAUAACCAAACAAAGAUUAAGGUAAAAAGUGAUGAAAAAAGCUUUUGUAGAAAGUAGUCAUUAUACGCUAAAAAAAUAGAGACAUUAGUUCAAAAUUGGUAUGAUAAUACUAAUAAAAAACCACCUAUUUUAAUUGUGGAUGAUGAUGAAGUUAAUAUAAUGGUAUUACAGUAUUUAUUGGAAUAAAUGAAUAUAAGUUCUGAUUCUGCAAUGAAUGGUAUGACCUGUUUAUAAAAGUUUGUUGAUAGAUAAAAAGAAGGAGUAUCUUAUUAAUUAAUUUUUUUGGAUAUCAAUAUGCCAAUAAUGGAUGGAUUUGAAUUAGCCAAAAAAUUGAUUUAGAUUGAUCCUCUUAUUAUUCUAAUUGCUUGUUCAGGUGAUGCAUCAAACUAAAAUUAUUAAGAAAAAUGUAAAUAAUCAGGUAUCUUCUGUUAUAUCCUAAAACCUAUCUUCAAAAGCAAAUUAAAAGAAAUACUAAUUAAACUAUCUGAAGGAAUCAAAUUUGAUAGUUAAUAAUAUUCAUAUUAUUGCUGA